GUUUGAAUCCAACCAACCGUUCCCACACCGGAGAGCGCACCCAAUAAAUGACAAUGGCCGCUGCGGCAAUCACCGCUUCGCUCAUUGCAUCGCGGCUCUCCUACGCCUCCUCCUCCUCCUCCACCUUUGCUUGCCCUCGCCGCUACUCCGCUGCGGUCCUCUGCUUCGCUCGGCUGCGGCGUCCCCCCUCCGCCCCCGCCUUCCGCCGGCGGCGGCUCGGUCGCAUGGGACACUCCACCGCUGCCGCCGCCGCCACCACUCGCGCCACUCUCGGGCUCACGAAGCCCGCCGCCGUUGAGAUCCCUCAGAUUGCGUUUGCUGCAAGGGAGUUAGAUUUUGUUGAAUGGAAAGGGGACAUACUCGCUGUUGCUGUAUCGGAAAAAGAUAUGAAAAAGGACUCGGAUUCUAAAUUUGAGAAUUUAGUCUUGAAGAGGCUUGAUGAGAAGCUUGGUGGUAUUUUGGCAGAAGCUUCCACAGAGGAGGAUUUUACUGGAAAAUCUGGCCAGUCUACAGUUCUCAGGCUACCUGGUUUGGGUUUCAAGAGACUAGGAUUGCUUGGGCUUGGGUCUCCCUCAUCCAGUGUGACUGCUUACCAAGGCAUUGGGGAAGCUGUUGCAGCAGUUGCAAAGGCUGCCCAAGCAAGUAAUGCCGCUGUUUGUCUUGCAUCACUCGAUGGGAUGUCAGAAGAGGCAAAACUACAUGCUGCUUCAGCAAUUGCAUCAGGAACUGUGCUAGGAGUUUAUGAAGAUAAUAGGUUUAAGUCAGAGUCAAAAAAGCCACUACUUAAAACAGUGGACAUCAUUGGUUUUGGUUCUGGAGAACAGGUGGACCAGAAACUCAAGUAUGCUACUGAUGUCUGCUCUGGAGUGAUUUUUGGAAAAGAGCUCGUAAAUGCACCGGCCAAUGUGCUUACACCUGGGGUAAUGGCAGAAGAAGCUUCAAAAAUUGCCACAUUGUACAGUGAUGUUUUUACUGUUACCAUAUUAGAUGCUGAACAGUGCAAAGAGUUGAAGAUGGGAUCAUAUUUAGGUGUUGCUGCUGCUUCUUCAAAUCCCCCUCAUUUUAUCCACUUAUGCUAUAAACCUUCGAGUGGUGAUGUGAAGAGAAAGUUGGCAAUUGUUGGGAAGGGUUUAACAUUUGACAGUGGUGGUUACAACAUAAAGACUGGACCAGGUUGUUCAAUCGAACUCAUGAAAUUUGAUAUGGGAGGUGCUGCAGCUACUCUUGGUGCAGCAAAAGCUUUAGGCGAAAUUAAACCUCCAGGAGUCGAAGUUCAUUUCAUAGUUGCUGCUUGUGAAAAUAUGAUUAGUGGCACAGGCAUGAGGCCAGGUGAUAUAGUCACUGCUUCCAAUGGGAAGACCAUUGAGGUCAAUAAUACAGAUGCAGAGGGAAGGCUGACACUUGCAGAUGCUUUGAUUUAUGCUUGUAACCAAGGCAUUGAAAAGGUGGUUGAUCUAGCGACACUUACUGGUGCCUGUGUAGUUGCCCUUGGGCCCAGCAUUGCAGGGUUCUUCUCUCCUAAUGAUGAUCUAGCCAAGGAGAUUGUUGCAGCUUCUGAAGCCACAGGAGAGAAGUUUUGGAGGAUGCCUCUGGAAGAUAGCUACUGGGAGUCGAUGAAAUCAGGUGUUGCUGAUAUGGUGAACACUGGAGGUCGUCAAGGUGGAGCUAUUACAGCUGCCCUUUUCCUGAAACAGUUUGUUGACGAGAAGGUCCAGUGGCUUCAUAUCGACAUGGCAGGACCGGUGUGGAACGAUAAGAAACGUGCAGCAACUGGAUUUGGUGUCUCUACUUUGAUCGAAUGGGUUUUGAAGAACUCUCUCUAAACAAGUUGUGAUGUGGUGCAAUGCAACUGCUUUCCAGCUUAACAGGACCAGCUUGGAUCUGCGCAUUCUGUUGAUCCACUCAUCCAAAACAAGAGUCAGCAGGAAAGAAGUGAUAAAUUUUGGCUCUUAGUUAAUGAAGUGUCUCUCAUUGCCGCAUCAUUUGUACUAAUGAUUCAAAGUCUUGUUCACAAAUCUGGUCAUUGCCUUUGUUUUUCAAAGUUAAACUUGGGUUUUUUUGAAUUAAAAUGUUGCUAAAUAGCAGAUGAAGAUUCGUGCAA